UUGUACUUAUUUGAAUGAUCAACCUUCCAGGUGUUGAGCAUGAGUAGAUUAGGAGGAGCUGGCGCAGUAGCACCGCUUGUGACUGAAAUCCCGAUAACUUCAGUAGAGGAGGAAGGUGGUGAAAACGAAAGAGCCCAGCCAGCCUGGGAGAAGUGGUCGAACGAUGGUACAGAACGACAGGUUGCUAAGCUCAUGGAAGAAAAUGUAGGGGCCGCCAUGCAGUUUCUUCAAUCCAAGGCACUCUGCAUGAUGCCCAUCUCUCUUGCCUCGGUGAUCUAUCACACUGAACCUCCCGACACCUCCCACUCAUGAAACCAGGGUCGAACUCCAUUCAUAAUCCUCCAAAAUAACACAUACAUGUCAACAUCAUCCUGCCCUAACUUCCUCUAGUCAAAUGUCCCAAUUCGACUCUCACUAGAUUUGUUUUUCUCACUCCCUUUCAGUUGAAAUCUAAGUCAGAUUCCAUGAUUCCGCCUUUUCCAGCUUUAUUCAAGGGAGAGUUUGAUACUCAAUGUUUAAAAUAAUGGAAACCUACCCUCUUGUCCUAGCUAGAUUCAAGUAGAGAAGAAAAUGUGAAAUUGCUAUUUGGUAUGCUGUGCUUUUUUAUAUCAUUAGUGGCACAUUUGUCUAGUCGUAAAUGAUGAAAGCACUUUUGCAGUGGGAGAUGGAGCUUUCAUUUUGGUAGUGGAUUUAAGGACCCUUCAAAAGGUGAUGAAUGCGAAUAUAUUGUAAUUUUUUUAGCGUAUUUUCAAGGCAAGUGGAAAUGGGUAGUUAGAAAGGAUAAACGGGUUGUUUAUUUUGUCCUAAAAAGUUGGAUUUAUAUUCUAUCUGAAAAUCAAUUGUACUACAGGGUCCUAUUGGCCGAGUGGGUUGGUUGCCAAAAAGUAAUUUGACUCCUUUCUCAAUUCUCCUUUACCAGCAUUGUAAUCAAAUUAUUGUGAAAAAGGGGAAGAGCUUAUGGUCCA